GCUCUUCAUUUGGGCGGAGUGAGAAAGAUCUGCAGGUGACGUGGCCGGCUCCCUUUCUCUACCCAACUAUCCAGACCACCCAUUCCCUCUCCCCUUUUCUAUUGCACUUUUCUCCCUUCCCUUUCCACGUCUCCCUCUCCCCUACGCCACGCCCCGUGCGCACUGCGCACCCCCCUAAAUCCCCGCGCACGUUAGCUCACCCCCCUUCCUUACUUAAUAAUUCCAAUUUAGACACUGUUUUUCGCACUCUUCCCUUCGCCGACUCCUAUUGACUCAAUAAUAAUCAGCCACCACCGUUUUCUUCCCCCUUUCCUUUAAUAUCUGCUAACGUGCGCCGCCUAACGGUGCCCUUUGAUCUCCCUCAACGAUGUUGCAGUUUUAUCGGAUUGAGCAAGUCCAGGGUUCGUUGUGAGAAGAAUUUGAUGAGAGUUUUUAUGAAAGUCCUUUAACUUUGAUAAUAGGGGUAGUGGGUGAUGAGUGAGUGAGUGAGUGAGUGAGUGAGUGAGUGAGUGAUUUUGUUCUUUUUUUUUUAAUUUUUUUUUGGGGGUUGGGUAUGGAGUCUGGUGAGGAGAUUAAUUUGAACAUAGAGAGUGGUGGGAAGAGUGGUGGUGAUGGGUUCAUUGAUAGGAGUAAGGUGCGGAUUUUGUUGUGCGAUAACGAUUCCAAGAGUUCUCAAGAGGUUUUCACGCUUCUUUUGAGGUGUUCUUAUCAGGUUACCUCGGUAAAGUCGGCAAGACAGGUAAUUGAUGCACUGAAUGCAGAAGGGCAACAUAUAGAUAUCAUACUGGCUGAACUUGACCUUCCGAUGAAGAAGGGUAUGAAGAUGUUGAAGUACAUAGCACGUGAUAAAGAGUUUCGCAGAAUCCCUGUUAUAAUGAUGUCCGCACAAGAUGAGGUAUCCAUUGUUGUUAAGUGCUUGAGACUUGGAGCAGCAGACUAUCUAGUAAAGCCUUUACGCACUAAUGAACUAUUAAAUUUGUGGACGCACAUGUGGAGACGGAGGCGCAUGCUUGGACUUGUAGAGAAGAACAUCUUGAAUUACGAUUUUGAUCUGGUAGUAUCUGACCCUAGUGAUGCCAACACAAACAGUACCACCUUGUUCUCUGAUGACACAGAUGACAAGUCCAAGAGAAGCACUAAUCCAGAGGCAGGAAUAUCAGUCCAACAAGAACAAGAGUCUACUAUUGCAAAUGCUGCUGCUGUUGAGGGACCUCCAGAUGCUCAUGCAUCAGAAUGUGGGCCUGAUGUGGAUGGAGUUAAUGAUCACCAAACAGCACAUUUUUCAUCUGGUCCGAAGAAGAGUGAACUAAGGAUAGGGGAGUCAUCAGCCUUCUUCACGUAUGUUAAAGCAUCAAUACUUAAGAGCAACUUCGAAGGGGUUGUUAAUGUAGACAACAAUGGUGCUACGCAUGUUGGGAUGGAAGUUAUGCAUCAAGCAUGUGCUCAACAAGGGGUGAAUAGCCUUCAAAUACUGGAAAAUGGAGAGGCAUGUGAAAGUCAAUCGCAAGAUGACUUACCCAGCAGCACUAGUAUUCCUGAUUCUUUGUCUAUUGAGAGGUCUUGUACUCCACCUGCAUCAAUGGAAGUUUCACAGCAAAAGCACUACAGGGAAGAAAAUUCACAACAGGGUGUGAUGCAUCCCAGAAAUGGGACCCAUUGUUCCGAGCAUGAAGUAUCUGGCAUGGCUUCCCAACAUGCUUAUCCAUAUUAUAUUUCAGGGGUUGUUAAUCAUGUUAUGAUGCCUUCAUCAGCACAAAUGUAUCAUCAAAAGAAUAUCCAGGACCUACAGAAUCAUACUAGCACAGCUAUGAUUUCACAAUACAAUCAUCUUCCCCAAGGCGGUCCUCAUGGAACGGGGAUGACAUCCUUCCCAUACUACCCAAUGAGCAUAUGCUUACAACCUGGUCAGAUUCCUAAUCCUCAUUCAUGGCAAUCAUUUGGAAACUCAAGUCCAUCAGAAGCCAAAUUAAGUAAAGUUGAUAGGAGAGAAGCAGCAUUGAUGAAAUUCAGACAGAAAAGGAAAGAGCGCUGCUUUGAUAAGAAAAUUAGGUACAUUAACAGGAAACGACUUGCUGAAAGGCGGCCUCGUGUAAGGGGACAGUUUGUCAGAAAGUUGAACGGUGCUAAUGUGGAUCUUAACGGGGAGCCUGCAUCAAUUGACUAUGACGAAGAUGACGAAGAGGAUGAAGAUGACCAGGGAGCAAGAGAUUCUUCUCCUGAGGAUGCUUGAGCAUGUCAAAUUGCUAUUUUGACUUAAGGAUGAAGGGCCAAUCAAUUCCUUCUUGCAACUAAUAUUGGCUGUCAAAAGAACUCCUUGCUUUGGAAAGUUCUCACCAAAGCAUCAAUUUAUGAGCUUGUGCUCAUGUAUUUGGGGUGUUGAUCCAAUAUGCACAUUUAUGGUUGAAACGAGCUCAUUCUGGACAUUUUUUAAUAGCAGUUCAUCAAAUGAUCCGUACUAUUGAGCUAUUGCGUAAGGUAUGGUGGUUAUGUCCAAUUCAGUUGAAAGUAUCACCCCUGCGUUUUAUAUUGAAUCCGUUACAAGCAGGUUGUUCCUGCUUAUUUUCUGGAGAAAUGUCAAGACAUCUUUAAAAAAUUGAACUGAGAAAUGAGUUAUUUGUCUAAAA